AUGCAAAUUUAUCAAGAUGGAAAGCGAAGUAGGACAGAAAACCGAAAUAUUUCUACAUUGACUGAAUUUGUUCUCGUGGGCUUUUCUGACAGCCCUCAUAUCCAGUGGAUUCUGUUUGGGAUAUUUUUGCUCAUGUAUUUGACCAUCCUGAUGUCCAACAGCAUUAUCAUACUAAUAACAGCACUUUACCCUGUACUUCAGAUUCCUAUGUAUUUUUUCCUCAGCAAUUUCUCUUUUGUGGAAAUCUGUUACGUAACAGUCACUAUCCCAAGGAUGCUCGUGGACCUCUGUACCCAAAGAGGAAAUAUUUCCUUGUUUGCCUGUGCCACACAAAUGUGUUUUAUCCUUAUGCUGGGAGGCACAGAGUGCCUUCUGCUGAGUGUCAUGUCCUAUGACCGCUACGUGGCCAUCUGCAACCCUCUGCACUAUGCUGUAGUCAUGAGCCACAGGGUCUGCAUGCAGCUAGUGGCUGCCUGCUGGGGCAGUGUAAUUCCAGUGGUGAUUGGACAAACAUAUCAGAUUUUCUCAUUGCCUUUUUGUGGAUCUAACAAAAUCAACCACUUUAUCUGUGACAUCCCCCCAGUACUGAAGCUGGCAUGUGGUGACACAUUUGUGAAUGAGAUGGCAGUCUAUGUAGUUGCAAUGGUGUUUGUCAUGGUUCCCUUUCUGUUGAUCAUUGUCUCCUAUGGCAAAAUUAUCUCCAGCAUUCUGAAACUGUCCUCAGCCAAGGGAAGAGCUAAAGCUUUCUCCACCUGCUCAUCUCACCUGAUAGUUGUGGUCUUAUUCUAUGGAACAGCCAGUAUCACUUACUUACAACCCAAACCAAAUCAAUCUGAUGUAAUUGGAAAACUACUGUCACUCUUUUACACUGUUUUGAUCCCACUGUUGAAUCCCGUUAUAUACACUCUGAGAAAUAAGGAUAUCAUGUCGGCGUUGAAGAAACUAGUAAGUAAGAAACUAGUAAUUCAGUUGAAAAGCCUAUGGUCCAACUUCAACAAUGAGGAAACGUAUACCUAUGUGGAUACAAAGAGCAAAGAGCCUAAAAAUAUCACGCUGUGCUUUCAGUUUUAUCUUCUAGAGGAUGGUGUUUGCUGGGGCAAUGUCUCCUUCACCAAAUACAGUGGCAUAGUACUCAAUGGCUUCAAUCAAAUGAUGCAAGAAGAAGUCUUUAAGCAUUAA